CCAAAUCAUUUAAUCAACAAAUCCAGAUUACAACUGAGUCAAGAAUCUUUCACUCCCUACAUAUUUGCGAUUUGUGUCUUCCCUCCAACUCGGAGAUUUUAAGGAAGUAGUUUAAGGCGUCAAAUUGUCAUGGAUCCCAGAUUCAAUAUCCACAAUACAUCAAACGGAUUCAAUUUCGACGAUGAAAAUUUCGAUAAAUUCUCACCGGAUUACGAGCAAUCUCAAAACCACACCAAUGGUAUUAUACACGAUUAUCUAGAGCUCAAUGUAAUGGAUUAUCCGGAUAGUUUCGCUCUAUCUUCUACUACAAGUUACGAGACAGAAUCUCCGGACGAUCAAGAUUCCGAUCCAGUUCUCAAAUUUCUUAAUCAAAUACUAAUCGAAGAGAACAUGGAAGAGAAAUCUAGUAUGUUCCACGACCCACUUGCCCUAAUCGCUACCGAGAAAUCACUGUACGAAGUCCUCGGACAGCAGUACCCUCCUUCCCCUCGUCAUCCACUAAAUUACGAUAAUGCCCCAUCAUUCGAUAGCUUUUUCCGGAGUUCCCCUGAGUACACAAACAGUAGUAACGCCAUUGGUUUUGGUGAAAAUAAUUUCUCCGGUCAAAAUUUGUUCACCGACGCAGAUUCGAUCAUGCAGUUCAAGAAAGGAAUGGAGGAAGCUAAUAAAUUCCUUCCUACCGUUAAUCCAUUGAUCAUCGAUUUGGACAAAUACGAGUUACCUCCAAAAUCCGAUGACAUCACUCCGUCUGUAAUAGUCAAGGUAGAGAAAGAGAAAGACGAAACCGAAGACUCUCCAAAAGGCUUAAAGGGUAAGAUUAGAAAGCAUCACGAUCCAGACGAAGAUGAUUCGCUAGACAUGGAAAGAAGCAGCAAACAGUCUGCCAUUUACGUCGAAGAUGUUGAAUUAUCCGAAAUGUUCGACCGAGUCCUCCUCUGCACCGACACGAAAGGAAAGCCAGUAUCUUGCACCGGUGAUUCCGAUGCCAAAUUACUGCCUACCGAAUCCAACGGUGCAAAAUCUCGUACCAAGAAAAACGAGACCCAACAGGAUUCAGUUGAUCUUCGGACCCUCUUGAUUAGCUGUGCUCAGUCAGUUGCCUCAGAUGAUCGUAGAACUGCGUACGAACAGUUAAAACAGAUUAACGAACACGCUUCUUCCACAGGCGAUGUGUACCAGAGAUUAGCCAGUGUGUUUGCAAUCGGUCUUCAGGCCCGCCUAGGUGGCACCGGAACUGAGCUUUACGCGUCACUCACUCGCCGAAAAAUCACCGCCGCUGAAAAAUUAAAAGCCUACCAAGUGUAUCUCUCCGCAUGCCCAUUCAAGAAAGCGUCGAUUGGCUUUGCGAAUCAAAUGAUCGGAUUGGUUGCUUCGGAAGCAACCACUCUCCAUAUAGUUGAUUUCGGUAUUCUUUACGGUUUCCAAUGGCCGGUUCUCAUUCAGCAUCUCUCUGAAAGGGGCGGCGUGCCCCUUAAGCUAAGAAUAACGGGAAUCGAAUUUCCACAACCAGGGUUUCGACCCACGGAGAGGGUGGAAGAAACGGGGAUCCGUUUGGCGAAAUACUGCGAGCGCUUCGGCGUACCGUUCGAGUAUCAAGUUAUCGCAACUCAAAAUUGGGAGUCAAUCAAGAUUGACGAUUUCAAGAUUAGGAAAGGCGAGGUUCUUGCGGUGAACUGUCUGUUCCGAUUCGGUACUUUGCUGGAUGAGACAGUUACGGUUGACCGUAGUCCGAGGGAUGCUUGUCUGAAUUUGAUUAGAUCAAUGAAGCCGGACAUAUUCGUGAACGCGGUCGUAAGCGGGUCAUACAACGCCCCGUUUUUCGUGACCCGUUUCAGGGAGGCUCUGUUCCACUACUCUGCGCUGUUCGAUAUGUUCGACGCGACUAUCUCACGAGACAAUCCGCAGAGGAUGGACUUCGAGCAAGACUUUUACGGGCGGGAGGUUAUAAACGUAAUUUCGUGCGAGGGUUCGGAGAGGGUGGAGAGGCCCGAGACGUACAAGCAGUGGCAGGUUAGGCAUAUGAGAGCUGGAUUCGAACCGAUGCCACUGAAUAACGAGCUUAUGAAGAAGCUAAGGCAUAAGGUGAAGAAUGGGUACAAUAAAGAUUUUUUGUUUGGUGAAGAUGGGAAUUGGAUGUUGCAGGGGUGGAAAGGGAGGAUUAUUUGUGCUAGCUCGUGUUGGGUGCCUGCGUAGGAAAUGUAGGGACUGAUUUGCAAUUAAAAUUCUCGAGAGGUGCUAUGAGAAAACGCAUUAGCAAGAUCUGAGAAUUGAAAAUAUAUGCUGCUCAACGAGCUCUCUUUUCGAAGAAACCAGCUUAAUCGAGAUGCUCGUGUAAAACAAGAAGGUAUACUUUGAAGUUUCUUGUUCUCUCUUUUAUGAAGUAAUGGAGGUAUUAGAUGUGGUUCAAACUAUUUGGCUUUGUUAGCUAUUAUAUGUUGUUAAAUUCGAUUUUAACAAAUAAUUUUAGGGUUUGGCGAUUUCGCAUCUUUGUAUAGUUAGUUGAAAUGAUAGGUUUAUGUUGAUAGAGUUUUGUUUGUGGUGAUGUAAAUAUCUACUUUUGUUAGGGCUGAUUUUAUGUGAUUUGAAGAUCUUGCGAUAA